GCGCUGUUCUGAAAUUGGCAGCUUUUGUCCAACAGCGUUGUUAGUUUAUCUAAAGGUAAAACUGUGGUAUAAACUAUACCAUGCACAGUCUCUUGUGAUCAUUCUUACUACAGCAGAUGAUCCAGAGCAAAGUCUACCCGGGAGCCUGGCACCUUACCGGUGUCUUCUUUUUCUCUGCUGGGAUUUCACUCAACCUGACAGCCGUAAAAGUGGCGAGUACUUUAUAAAAGAAAAUGGCUACAAAGCGAGGGGAUAAACGAAACAAUGACGGAUUGGCUGUGUCGAAGGAGGAACUGGUGGCUAAUGCUAAGGACUCCACAGCACUGAACGACAGUUGCCAUGCUGCCGGAGGCUCAGCGCGUAUGUCUCUCCUCAUUCUACUGGCUAUUUUUACCUGCUCAGCCUCAGUUAUGUAUCUGGUCUAUAGGAACUUCCCAGAGCUUCCCGAUGAUGAAAUGGAGAAAAUCAAGAUCCCCAAAGACAUGGAUGAUGCUAAAGCGUUGGGAACCGUGUUAUCCAAAUACAAAGACACCUACUACAGCCAGGUGUUGCUGGCCUACUUUGCAACAUAUGUUUUCCUACAGACCUUUGCAAUCCCUGGAUCCAUUUUCCUCAGCAUCCUGUCUGGAUAUCUUUACCCAUUCCCCCUAGCUCUUUUCUUAGUCUGCUUGUGCUCUGGUUUGGGGGCUUCCUUUUGCUACAUGCUGUCCUACUUGGUAGGCCGACCCAUGGUCUACAAAUAUCUCACAGAAAAAGCCCAAAAGUGGUCCCAGCAGGUUGACAAACACAGAGAUCAUUUAAUCAAUUACAUCAUUUUCUUGAGGAUAACUCCGUUCCUUCCCAACUGGUUCAUCAACAUCACCUCUCCAGUCAUCAAUGUGCCCUUAGGAGUUUUCUUCAUCGGGACCUUUUUAGGUGUGGCGCCGCCAUCUUUCGUAGCUAUCAACGCAGGUACAACACUGUACAAACUGACCACAGCCGGUGAGGCCGUGUCCUGGAACUCUCUGGCUGUGCUUGGCGUCCUCGCUGUGCUUUCCAUUUUGCCUGUCUGCUUCCAGAAAAAGCUGCAGCGGAAACUGGAGUAGCUCAGCCCGGGCUGAUCCCAUUCCUCGUAACACUCCCCCUCCAAUAACUCUUAAGUCCUUCCCCUCAGGAACGUACAUCAAGUUGCUCUUCCUUGGUCACAACUACUUGAUGUCUGGGUGGGAGGUUUUCCCGCUGAUGAUAUGAUAAACAUGCCUCGACCACACGGUCCACACAAUGUUGGUUUGUUCCUCAUGUUUGAACUGGCCACUGUACACGCAUGUUUGAUUUUUUGUGAAUUAUUUGUCAUAUGCUUUUUUAAGGCACUUUGCAAUUAAUGUUUUGGUCCUUGCUAGACAGUUAAAGGCACUGCUUGUAGUAUGUUGGAUAACAUUGAUUACAGUAUUCAGCCUAUGUUCCUAUACCAUCCUUUUUAAUUGGUGAUGGCAUUACUGCUCCCAAAGCACAUAAUUUCACAGUAAAGUCCACUUCAGUGGAAUUCAACAUCCUGUUUGCAGCCCCUAAACAUUCACUCCCUGUAAUUGUUUUGGUUUUUGCACCGAAAAAAGCAAAACCUGUCUCAUUGUCACUGCUGUGUUGAAAUUUAAGUUUACUUUUUCGAUAUCAUAUCUGGUGCUUGCUUCAUUAAAAAAAGUAAAUUUUAGAAGAGGAAGUGAAGGUGUACAGUUAGGUAAAAAACAAACCUUGACUGAGAUACAGUUAGCAACUUUUUUUUUGUAUUUUGUAAGAGUUUUUGACUUCUACCUCUUAAAUAUGCCUGGAUCUGUUGCCAGAUAGUACCUUUUUUCUUCCAAAUAAUUUAAGUUUUGGUUGGAUUUCAAAACUCAAAACUAUAAUAUAAAACAAAAUUAAAUGUCCCCUUGAUUGAAAUGAUUUGGAAUGAAAUGUGUUGAAUUUUGCUAAUAGGGAUGACUUCCUGACUGUAUUUAAAUAGUUUGUAUGCGUCUGUCUCCAUCCUCUACAAUGCGCUUGUACAAAUGGGUGCCAACAGACUCAUUUAAGUCUGGAAGGUCUAAACUUUGUCAGAUUAUGUAAAAAAAUGUUUUCCGUUCUGCACAACUUAAGUAAAUAUGUACACAAAGGCAAAGUGUUUUUAUUUGACGGAUUUGCUUUAGUAUUUUUAAUCUAUUUAUUUAUAGCAUUGUCAGAAUGUUUUUAUUUUAUUGAUUUUGGUCUAUUAAAUGUCUUAGAGCAGUUUUCUGCUAACUACUUAAAUAUAUUCCCAAAAUAACACAUGUUGAUUGAUGACAAAUAAACAGAUAUGUAAUGCACCAGUUGUGUAGAAACAUGCAAAUGUAUGAGACUUUUUUCUGAUCAAUUUUCUUCAUCUGAGUUUUGAAGUUUGUUUUAUGUUUCUCACUGGACUGGCUCAGAGGGUAACUGUAUUUAACAGGGUCCUUUCUUUAAGUAGAACAUUGUUUGAAAUGGGAAUUAAUGUCUUAAAUAAAAUUAUGCAACAAAUUGGCAA